AAAAGCCCAAAGUCAAGGGUUUAGCCACAUUUCCCAGAGCGCACGUCGGCGGACGGCGCCUGCGCAGUGUCGCGGCCCCGCCCACGCCGGAAGAACUGGCGUGCGCAUGCGCGCAUUUCGCCGCAGAGCCCGUAGCUUCCGGUAGGGGCGCGUCCGGACCGGCGUCAUGAGGUGGACUUCGUGCGCGCUGACCGCCGUCCGGGCCGCAUGGCGGGAGGGCGCUGCCCCGCGCGGCCAGGACGUGGCGCGCUGGUUCCCCGGCCACAUGGCCAAGGGCUUGAAGAAGAUGCAGAGCAGCCUGAAGCAGGUGGACUGCAUUGUCGAGGUCCGCGAUGCUCGGAUCCCAUUUGCAAGCCACAAUUCCGUGUUCCAGGAGACGCUUGGGCUUAAGCCUCACCUGCUGGUCCUCAACAAGAUGGACUUGGCAGAUCUGACGGAGCGGCAGAAAAUUACACAGCUGUUGGAGGAGGGAGAAGGCCUGAGGCACGUUGUGUUCACCAAUUGUGUGAAGGACCAGAAUGUCCAGCAGAUCAUCCCGAUGGUCUCGGAGUUGAUCAGGAACAGCUGCCGCUACCACCGAGAAGAGAAUCUGGACUACUGUGUCAUGGUGGUCGGAAUUCCCAAUGUGGGCAAAUCCUCCCUCAUCAACUCCCUUCGGAGGCAGCACCUCAGGAAAGGGAAGGCCACCAGGGUGGGUGGUGAGCCAGGAAUCACCAGAGCUGUGACGUCCAGAAUUCAGGUGUGUGAGCGGCCACCGGUGUUUCUGCUGGAUACCCCUGGGGUGCUGGCUCCUCGGAUUGCGAGUGUGGAGACGGGUUUGAAGCUGGCUCUGUGUGGAACCCUGCUGGACCACUUGGUCGGGGAGGAGACCAUGGCCGACUUUCUCCUUCACACCCUCAACGUGCACCAGCUCCUGGGGUAUGUGCAACAUUAUGGCCUGGGCAGCGCCUGCUGUGACAUUGAGCAGCUGCUAAAGCACGUGGCGGUGAAGCUGGGAAAGACACGGAAGGUGAAGAUGCUCACAGGCACAGGUAAUUUGAAUGUCAUCCAGCCUGACUAUCCUGCAGCAGCCCGCCACUUCCUCCAGACCUUCCGCAGUGGCCUGCUUGGCCCCGUGAUGCUGGACCGUGACGUCCUGUGUGGCCAAGCCCCCACUCAGGCAGAGCUGUGACACUGCCGGAGGCCCUGCCUGUUGACUGUCGCCACUUGUGCUGCUCCUGAGGGGCGGGCUGGUGGGAGCAAGGUGAAUGCCUGGGUUGCUGCUCCCUGCACAGUUGUGAUGGGGGGGACGGGGUCUGCAGCGGUCAGUUCUUUGGCCAGCAUAGCAUUUAUUUCAUACGUAAGGUUCAUUAAAGUGUACACAGCA